GAUUAAAUGUUCAUUACAAUAUCAUUCAUAACUCCAUUUAAAUCAAUGGAAACUAAAUAUGGAUCGUUUCAUGGAGUAACAACAUACAUUGGAGUUUGGACCCAAAAUACAAUACACGUAGGUUAAUAUCGAACUUAUAAGGUGUUAAGCUGCAAUUACAAUAAAAGUGCUUGCUAUGGAAUCACCGGUGCUGAUCAUUAUUGUCAACUGUUACUUAAAAUCCAGAAGAACCAACCUUACUUCCUAUUCAAAUAAGUUUAUAAGAAACCUAUAUAAGUAAUAAAACCAGACCAAGAAUGCUUGAUUACAAAUGAUGAACUCAUUUCAUUUGCAAGUUAUGCCAUCACAUAAAUGCAUUAAAUUAGGAAGAUUUGUAUUAGAUGAAUUACCCAGAUAACAAUUAAAACAACUUCUGUUGAUAAGAACAUUUGAUUGGUGGAAUCCAGAUUCUGUGAAUGUACAUGUAAUUGAUUGACAAGUACACAUUUGACAAGGUGGUGAGAAACGUGUAGAUCUGGCCUGCUUACAGUGGCUAUUGGAUUGGACAGAACCAAAGUGAGAGUGAACGUGUGAAUUUAUGGAGAACAUUAAAAACUAUUUUACUAUAAGUCAUAACGCAACUUAUUUUGUAUGAGUUACAUACAAAUGUCAAGCCGUGAGUACAUUAUGUAAAAACUAAAACAAUGUACUGCAAUCUUUUAAAAUCCAAUAGUUUUAAUGCUUAUUGAUUUUCGUAAACAAAAUAUUUCAUGUUAUAUUUCAUCAAUAAAGUUUCAUUUGAUACUUCAAUAGUUUUAUUUUUAACCGCAAUACAUGAAAAGGAACGGAUAAUAAAAAAGUAUGACAGGUAUAUUUAAUCUGUGGGCGGCAGACGCCAUAUUGUAUUCAGCGCCACCUACUGGACAAUCUAGCUCGGUACCAGUUUGUUUAUCGUUUAACCAAUACUAGGGCCGUUUCCUAUCUGUCUUUAGACAUACUCUCUAAUCUGUGCCAUCGCUGCGGAAAUAAGUGCAAGAAGAACGUGAUAAAAAUAUUAUUUUUCUUUACAUGUAGGUAGGUGCUGAAUAGUUAGUCUAAAUGGCAAGACAAGUGGCUGAAGUGCAGAUCCACGCUACUGACUCCGAGUUCGACGACUUGAAAGACGUGGACGUGAGCGUGGACCUCAUUGACGAUGGAUUAUACCUUGGCAAUGUGGCAUGCGCACACGACCAAAAGAUGUUGCAGCAGCUGGGAAUCACACACAUCCUGACGCUGGACCUGGUGCCUCUGCCGAGGACUAUCUUGGAUCGGCCCAACCUCACAUUUAGAUUUGUUCAAUUGUCUGACAUGCCAAAAGAGGAUUUAAUCACACAUUUGCCAGAGACUAAUAAUUUCAUCAGAGAGGCCAUCGCUUCUGGGGGCACUGUUCUUGUGCAUUGUUUCUUUGGAGUCUCCCGUUCUGCUGCAGUUGUCAUUGCCUACAUAAUGGAGAAGUAUGGCCUUUGCUACGAAGAAGCGUAUGUAUUGGUUAAGAGCAAGCGGCGCUUCGUCUCUCCUAACGUGGGAUUCGUGGCCCAGCUGAAACUGUUUGGUCACAUGGGCUACACACUGAACAGAGAAGACCCUAGGUUCAAGCAGUUUAGGCUGAAAAUGGCUGGCCAGAAACUGAAACAAGUGAAGAUCCUGCCUCAGCUAUUCGCGGACCUAGUGAAACCUGACCCGGGGCUGACGCGCGAGCGGCCCGACCCGCGCGUCUACCGCUGCCGGCGCUGCCGCCGCGUCGUGGCCAGCCAGCGCAACAUCAUCCCGCAUCUACCACGCUCUGUGAAAGUGGAACUAGCAAAGAAAGGCAUCAGGCCGCCGCCCAGCAAACUCACAGGCCUGACGUGCGCGGAGAACGGGGAGCUCCUCAUCAAGAAGCUCAAGAGCCUCGCGUGCCAGAUCCUGGAGGAGGACAGCGACCAGGCUGAGGCGACGCUUGAUGAUAGUCAGGGCGAGGAGGGAUCUAGUCAGCACUUAGACGGCUACAGCGAAGGCAACCUAGUAGACGGGAGCAUAGCGGCGCGCGACGAGGCCCAGGCGUGCCGGCUAAUGUGGUUCGUGGAGCCCAUGGCGUGGAUGGCGGACGUCACGCACGCGCCGCAGGGCAAGCUGCACUGCCCCAAGUGCCGCACGCGCCUCGGCAGCUUCAGCUGGGUCAUGGGUUGCAAAUGCCCAUGCGGACAGAAGGUGGCGCCUGCAUUCUACAUGGUGCCAUCAAAAGUGGAGUGGUCCAACAUCGUUCAGAACGUGCAGGUCACCGUCUGAGGACCAAGUGAGGCCAAUAAUAAUGCUUUAGUCUAUACAGGGUGUUAAUCAAAAGAUAUGAGAUAAUGUAUAAAACAUUUUAAUCUACUAAUCGGAUGUAAAUCGUUUGUGCCUCCCUGUAUAUAUUGAGACUCCGACAUAACCAUUGUAGGUUAUUAAAAGCAUUUAAAAAUAUUUUGAAACCAGUAUAGGUUGCGCAAAGAAAGUCGAGGCGAAUAUUUACUCACACAGAUGUAAUAUUUUAAUACAGAACACACAAAUCGGUCAAUACGCAAGACAUCACCGCUACAAGCGCUUUUUUUUUGUUUCUGAUUCAUGGCAAUCUGUUUUUCAACAAUAAGCCACUUCUUUGUUUGAUUCCUCAGUUUAUGUUUUCUUCGAGAGCCAUACUUGUGUGAAAAUUCAUUUCACACGACUCUUGAUGUCAAGUGGUAAAUCUUUUAUGUAGGCUCGGUAUGUCAUUUAUUUUUAGCCGGGUGUGCUGAAGAGCGCCUUCCCCACUUAGAGCGUGUGCUAGUUUGUUUAUAUGGACGGCCAGCUUCUGGUAUUUCAGGCUGUUUCCUGCCGAACUGUUUUUACGCUACAAGGGUAUACAGACAAAUCUUUUGCUUCUUGUGAUCGCCUCAACUUUUACUGCGCGACCUAUAAAAUUAUUCAAAAUAGUUGUGUGCCAAGGAUUAUUAAUUAAAGUAUUCAAUGACCAUUGCAUCAAAAGACAUAAUAUUCGUAAGGUAGUCCAGCUAGCUAACUAGACAGUGGGAAAAAACAUUAAAAUGCAACAUAAAUUUUAAAUAAUUUAUUGUAUGUAUUUACAAAUUUUGAUUCAUAAAUAAGUAAAACAUUUGGUUUUAUAGCAAAAUCUUAAAAACUAAUAUUUACAUUGACUAGAAUACAACAUUAACUUACUUGAGAAAAUACAGACUAGAAACAUAAGAACUAGCAAUAAUUUGAGCUUUCCCUUUCUGAUUCUCCGGCAAAAAAGCUAAAU